CCACAAUGCACUGCAGGGCGCGUCACUCGGAGCUGUGGGUCCCGGCUGGACAGGUCUUCUCUAUCGGUUGAAAUGUCUAUGAUUUUAUCUGCCUCAGUCAUUCGUGUCAGAGAUGGACUGCCACUUUCUGCUUCUACUGAUUAUGAACAAAGCUCAGGAAUGCAGGAGUGCAGAAAGUAUUUUAAAAUGCUCUCAAGGAAACUUUCUCAAUUUCCUGAUAGAUGUACACUGAAAACUGGACGUUAUAACAUAAAUUUUAUUAGCUCUCUGGGAGUGAGCUACAUGAUGUUGUGCACUGAAAAUUACCCAAAUGUUCUCGCCUUCUCUUUCCUGGAUGAGCUUCAGAAGGAGUUCAUUACUACUUAUAACAUGAUGAAGACAAAUACUGCUGUCAGACCAUACUGUUUCAUUGAAUUUGAUAACUUCAUUCAGAGGACCAAGCAGCGAUAUAAUAAUCCCAGGUCUCUUUCGACAAAGAUAAAUCUCUCUGACAUGCAGAUGGAAAUCAAGCUGAGGCCCCCUUACCAAAUUUCCAUGUGUGAAUUGGGGUCGGCCAAUGGAGUCACAUCUGCAUUUUCUGUUGACUGUAAAGGUGCUGGUAAGAUUUCUUCUGCUCACCAGCGACUGGAACCAGCAACUCUGUCAGGGAUUGUGGCAUUUAUCCUUAGUCUUUUAUGUGGAGCUCUGAAUUUAAUUCGCGGCUUUCAUGCCAUAGAAAGUCUCCUGCAGAGUGAUGGUGAAGAUUUUAAUUACAUCAUUGCAUUUUUCCUCGGAACAGCAGCCUGCCUUUACCAGUGUUAUUUACUUGUCUACUACACCGGCUGGCGGAAUGUCAAAUCUUUUUUGACUUUUGGCUUAAUCUGUCUGUGCAACAUGUAUCUUUAUGAACUCCGCAACCUCUGGCAGCUUUUCUUUCACGUGACUGUGGGAGCAUUUGUUACACUACAGAUCUGGCUAAGGCAAGCUCAGGGCAAGGCUCCCGAUUAUGAUGUCUGACACCAUCCUUCAGACAUACUGCCUAGGCUUCAGGGGGAAAAGGAGGGAACAUAUCUUAACUGCCACUGUGAUGAAGAAACUAUUCACCACAAAUGAGAAGCUCUGCUUUCUUUCUCUCCAACUUUCCUUUUUUAAAAUCAGCAUGGCUGAUCCUGUGAGCAUGCAAGACCUGCUGGGAAAACUCUCAGAGGAAUCUUGGCCAUGCAAUUAUUGUGGCCAUGUAAUUGUUCAGAGGAGGAGGAGAAGGAAGAGACUUCUCUCUCAAGGGCUGUAACAGCGGAAACACUGUCAGAUGCCUUUGGAAGACUUGGCCAGAAGUCCUGAAUCCUUGCUGAAGAGUUCACUCAAAAAAAUGGAUGUGGUACUUGCUCUGAGGACCAAGCACAGGAACUCUACAACUUGAGUUUGCCUUUGUGAGGCAUCAGUAUAGACCAAAUAAAAAGAUGCUGCAGAAAUUGGGAAGCUUAUAUUUUAAAUACGUGACUGUGCUAAAU